AUGGCCGGCAUCAAGACGAUCAUAGGACUCUCCUUCGUCCUUGCCAUCGGCUUCCUCCUCGUAAUAUUAAGCGCGGCACUCUUCAAAAACUAUCUCACGCUGCUCGUCGUUGCGACGUACGUGAUCGCACCACUGCCAAACUGGAUAUGCGGGCGUGCAGCGAAUCCAGAUGAUUUUAUGGAGAGCUCGGGAAGUGGAGUCGUGGAUUUUGGGAGGUUCUUAACCGGAUUCUUUGUUGUUAUGGGCAUUGCACUCCCAGCACUUCUAUACCAUUCCGCCACUAUUCAAGCCGGAGCCGCAGUCAUGUCAGUCGUGGGUGGACUGCUGAUUUACGGGACGAUCAUCAGCUUCACGCUUUUCUUCCAGGAAGAUCAAGAUUUCUGA